UGCCUCUCUUACUCAAUCCACAACGCUUUUUCGCUUUCUUCUUCUUUGUCGUCUUCCUCUCUCUCUCUCUCUCUCUCUCUCUAAUCUUCGAAAGCCCAUAGCGAAACCACCCAGAACUCAAAAAUCCCAUGGAGGUUAAGCGUCGAACGGUUCGCUCCCUUGUGGGGAAGCUGAGCUCUGUUUCUGAGCAGCCCCAGCUCGAUGCUCUCCGCCAGCUGCGCUUGAUGACCAAGCAGGACGAAGAGGCCCGACCCGUGAUCGUUGAUUCGGGUGCGAUUCCCUACUUGGCUGAUAAUCUCUUGUCGUCUUCGCACGAUUUCCAAGAGAACGCCUCGGCGACGCUUCUCAACAUCUCGAUUUCCUGUAGAGAGUCCCUCAUGUCCACACGCGGAGUCCUCGAUGCCAUCUCUCACUUGCUUACCCGCCAUAACUUGACUUCGUCUGCUCCCGCUGUCCAAUCCUGCGCCGCCACGUUGUACAGCCUCCUCAUCGUCGAUAACUAUAGGCCUAUCAUUGGUUCCAAGCGUGACAUUGUGUACGCGCUCGUGGAUAUUAUCAAAACCCCCAAUUCGCCGAUCAGAUCGAUCAAGGACGCUCUCAAGGCUCUGUUUGGAAUCGCUCUUCAUCCGCUUAAUCGGUGCACGAUGAUACAACUUGGUGCGGUUGAAGCUCUUUUCUCGUUGGUUCAGAAGGACCGGAAGGUCGGGAUUGUGGAGGAUGCGACGGCGGUGAUUGCGCAAAUCGCGGGCUGCGAAGAGAGCGAGGAAGCGUUUCAGAAGGUGUCGGGAAUCGGUGUGCUGGUUGAUCUUCUGGAUAUGGCGAGUAAGUCAAGCAUGAAGACGAAGGAGAAUGCUGUCUCUGGAUUACUGAAGCUAGUGAGAUGUGGAGGGGAGAAAGUAGCCAUGGAUGUGAGAAUGAGAGCUUUAGGGGCAUUCGAUGGAAUUGCGGACGUGCAAGUGAACGGAAGCACCAAAGGGAAGAGCAAGGCGGCGGCGUUAUCGGCGGAAUUGAUCGGAGAUGGAAACCAUUGGAAUGCACAGAGGGAUUCCCGGUUUGAUUCCUCAACAAGUCAAGAUUCAUCAUUUUCAUUCAAUUUCUCGACAGAUUCAUCAGAAUUUGAAAUUUGGUGCUUUUCAACAGCUGAAGUCUUCCACUUUUGAGAAAUCCAAGCUCACUCAGAAAUAUUGAGUAGUCUAUUAGUGAAUCAAGAUGACUUACUGUGUGGGAGGACUACUUGAGAGCAACAAUCAACCCCACAAAUACGUUGGAAGACAUGCUGUGACUUUUUAUGAUUACACUAAAAUGCUAGAAAUGGGGUUCAGUCAAAUUUGUCUGUUUCUUGUUUAGUUGCUGUGGGAGUGGCUACUGGCUAGGCCUAGGCCCCACCGUCACUGUGAGUUGGGUUCACUAUAUACGUACAUGUGUAAGUGAAAUUGCGCGUUUAUAUACUAAAAGUGUGGCAUUUCACUAUUUGGGUACUACCAGUAUUGCCUGCUUCUUGAAGUGGAUUGGAUUACAGGAACAAACUUGGAUAUAAUCUAUGACUGCUAGAUCCUCAUUUUAUAGUAGAAACUUUUGAGUCCUGAGACCAGAAGCUGAAGGCUGGACUGUCUACUUGUUAUUACAUCACUAGUUUUGAUAGGCCAUCAAUGGAUCAAUCUUUUGCAUGAAGAUGUGAGU